GGGAAAACGACGCAAAAUGAUGGCGGGGUGAUGUUUAAUGAAAGGGGCUGUCUCCAGUCUUAAACCAGAUCAUGUACCGACCAGAUACAAAUGAUUCAAAUUCAACAUUUCUAUCAGCAUUAAAAUGUCUCAGUUGUCGAAGUUGUGCUUUACUCUAAUAAUGCCGUUUUUCACUUGCGAUCUUAUACUCUAAUAGUCAGGGAUCACCAAUCAAAGAAGGACGAACAAUGAUUAAGAACGUGAACAAUGUGAUUCGUGUGACGUUCAAGCUCUUUUUGAUGGUUCUACCAAUAAUUGGCAAGAAUACAUUGUCAUAUAAAGAGCUCGCAUUGUGGAUUGACAGAGUCCAAGUAAAAGCUUUUAUAGGUUCAGCUAUGCAGAUUGAUCUCAUUCGAGACGGGGCAGUUGUACCUUAUCUCGAGAACCCAAAAUUUCAAUUGUACCUUCCUCCAAUCCCGUCACACGUUCACAUGGUCAAUUUGACCUGGGCCGCUGGCAAAGAAAAGUAUGUUUAUCACUUUGAAAAGAUAACUUCACUUGACCGAGGGUUGCUCUUCGACCCUAUACUAAACAUACCAGAUAAAGGGGCCAUUCCGUCCCUACCCAAAGUUUUCCAUCUAUCUAUACCGUGUACCGGAAGGGCAAGGGGAACUGGAUUUCUGAGGAUUCUUUUGCGUAUUGUUGACGAUAAAAAGCGCCACAUAAAGGGAUCCCCUGUUGAUCUAAAACUUAGAAAAGUGUGUUCGAAAUAUGGCGACACAAAACAAAUAACAAGAAAGCCUCCACAAAACCCACCCAAAACGUCACGGUGUUUGAGGAAAUGUCUCAAUGGUGGCGUCUGUAAUAAGAAGGGGAAAUGCCAAUGUGCGAAGGGAUUCCGAGGCAAAAUGUGUCAGAAACCUCUUUGCAGAAAGUCUUGUGGCCCAUAUGGGGAAUGUGUUGGGACGAACAAAUGUCGAUGUAGGGAUGGCUGGGUUGGCCGAUAUUGCAGAAAACGAUCAAAACGUCAUGGACGAUCUUCAAACAAAAACAAAGGGCGUAAACGGAAAAAGAAGAAAUGCAAAGCGAACGAGGAGACCACUGAUGGUAUUAUUAAUAGUAAUAUGAACUCUACAACAGUUAAAAACUCCAAGGACUGUACUGUACAGAAAUCUAAGAAAAGACACAAACAGAAGACGGUUGUGUAGUACAUCAGAUGCGUGAAUAGUACUUCAAACACAUGGCUUUAAUAGUGGUACAUCACAAACACAAAGUAAAUCAAAUACACAAAUCGAAAUAAUAACGAUACGGGAAACACAUGGCUUGAGAAUAUGAGUUACACCAGAGCUACAAUUGCCUGAGAGUAGCACAUCGGAUACAUAAGACUUAAGAUGGUGUACAAUGUAGUGGUGCAGAGAGUAAAAUGAACUAAUGAAAAGAUACAAACAGAAAACGUUGGUGUAGUGCACGAAAUACUUGGCUCUAAAGGGUCUCAUGACAACAC